UAAAGGAACGUUUAUGUCCAGCGCGUGUCGGCAGUCGGAUUCUAUUAGUGCUGCAAAUGUUUGUUUACUUCCGCUUAACGCUCUUUGUUGUGUUGUUUAUCCAGAGGCUGUAAAAUGCAGCAACGAGAGGAGAAGCAGUUGGAGGCAUCCGUCGAGUCUCUGAUCACUCGCGUGGCUCAUUUGAAAGGCUCCCUACAGAGUUUCAUUUAUAAACUGGAGAAUGAAUUUGACAGACUGACGUGGCCCUCAGUCCUGGAUAGUUUUGCCCUUCUGUCUGGGCAGUUAAACACCAUCAACAAACUCUUAAGAAAUGAAAAGACUCCAUCAUACAGAUCACAAGUUAUCAUCCCACUGCUGCUGUCUCCUGAUCGAGAUGAAGAGCUGGCUAAACUGACAGAGCAGCGAGUUCCUGUAUUCAGCCAUGAGAUUGUGCCAGACCAUCUGAGGACCAAACCCGACCCCGAGGUUGAGGAACAGGAGAAACAACUGAGUGCCGAGGCAGCCAAGAUCGGACCUGAUAAUGCACAGAAACAGAUUCAAGCAUUAAAUAAAAUUUGCUCGAACCUUUUGGAGAAGCUCAACAACCCUCGCGAUGACAGAGACUCUGAAACCUCAGCUUUGCGUCAAAACAAACCAUCCUUCAAUCCAGCUGAAACUAACGCACUGGUUGCCGCAGUGGGUUUUGGAAAGGGUCUUUCCAAGUGCAGGCCACCGGGCCAGGUCGCCCCUGGUCAUCCUGGACAGCAGAUGAUGUCAGGAGGUCCCACACUGCAGCAGGUCACUAUUGCUGGAAGCUCAGGCCAUCAGCCAGGAAUGGGUGGACAGGUUACUCAACAGCAGCCCGGUCAACCAGGGAAAAUGCCCAGUAACAUCAAGACUAACAUCAAGUCUGCAUCUAUGCAUCCUUACAAUCGAUGAACAUCAGUGAUGCAUUUUGUAAGGAUUAUUUGUGUGGAAUGGAAGAGAAGAAAUGCAAAUUGUUCUCGUGCAUUUUCAAUAAACAUGUCUGUUGAAAUAAUC